AUGCGGAACCCUUCAAUUGUGCUACCUCGUCCUGGGACAGCAGAGUCUAGCGACGCGCUGCGGCCAAUCCGAGCUCCAUCUGAAGCUGCCUUCGUCGCAACCUUUGGCCAGCUACUGCCACCAGCAUCAUACCUGCAGACGCCGAACGGCAGAGCGGCAUAUUACAAGCUGUCGCCCUCGUCUCCCACGCCUACAGACGAGGCAAGGCCAAUAUCCCGCGUGCUUUUUGUGCAUGGCGUCCAGACACCUGCACUUGGCCUACAGCCAUUGGCAAGCGCGCUGUCUUCACGGUUCCCAUAUGCUCAACUUGUCCUUGUUGACCUGUGGGGCCACGGGCUCACAGACACACCAUUUGUGGCACACAGACCAGCGAUCUUUCAUGAAUUGCUGGAGGCCUUGAUGGAGCAGCUUGGGUGGGAAGAUGCCCAUUUCGUGGGUUAUUCGUUUGGCGGGUCAACAACUGCGACUUUCGCGGCCGCAUACCCCGAACGCGUCGCGUCCAUGGUGCUGGUUGCGCCGGCGGGUCUAUUGCGCGCCACGCAAUUCGACGAGUUGCAGAGGAGCUACUUGCGCGGCGGCGAGGGAUCGGAGGAGUCGGCACAAGCGUGGAUCUUUGAGUUCCUGGAAGGAGGUCAAUUGACCGUCCCUUUGGAUUGGAAGGAGAGAGUUGGACAAGGUGAAGUAGUUGCAGAGGCAGUUCGAGACUGGCAAGUGAGAGAGCAUGAGGGGCACACAGCAAGCGUGGUCGGUAUUUUCAGAGACGGUGGCGUCCUGGAUAGACAUGCGGAAUUUGCUGAAGCGGCGAAGAAGAACAUUAAAAGUCUGUCUAUCCUAGGAGAGCUGGACGACGUGUGCACCGCGCAGGACUUGUAUAGUGUUGGGAUGCAGAAUGUUGCUGUUGUUCCGCAGGUUGGACAUGGGCUUGUGAGACAGCGAGUGCCGGAGGUCGCCCGGCUCAUCGAGGAUUUCUGGAAGAAGAUCUAG